AUGACGAAUGGAAAGUCAAUUGAAGUACAAUACCAGACUGUUGUUAAUCUUUCUAUAAAUGAUACCACCAUCGAUUUGGAAUGCCUGGUUGCCAACAUUGUUCCCGAAUAUCAAAUGCUACUUGGUAUGGACGCAAUACGACUGCUUGGAGGUGUCCAAGUUGGGAGAGACGGAAAAACGAAUGAAGUAUCCACACCUAUUGUUCAAAAGCUGAUUGAUAAAGACUUCGUAGCAGAAUUCAAAAAUGGCAGCUGGAGCGUGUCUCGGAAAUGGCUGAUGGAACCACCAACUUUAACAAACAAAAUUCCAAACUGUCACAUCUCUGAAGACGUUAAAAGUGAGUACGCAAUGGAAAUAAGUGAAUGGAUAGCACAGGGAUGGCUGAAACCGUUUGAAGGGAAAUGUAAUGGCAUUAUUCCGUUGAUGGCAGUAAUUCAACGAAACAAAUUAAAAGUACGUCCGGUGAUGGACUACCGGGAGCUGAAUCAAUUUGUAUCAAGUCAUACUGCAGGUGGCGAUGUUUGCAGUACCAAACUUCGCAACUGGAGAAAGUUGGGAGAAAAUCUUGAGAUAAUCGAUUUAAAAAUAGCGUACCUGCAGAUUCGUGUCGACAAAACAUUAUGGAAAUAUCAAGUUGUGGAAUAUGAAGGGCAGCGAUAUUGUCUAACAAGAUUAGGUUUUGGUUUAAAUGUGGCGCCCAGAAUAAUGACAAAAAUAUUAAAAAAGGUAUUAUCCUUAGACAAAGUUGUCGAGUCUGGGACGGAUUUAUUUAUUGAUGACAUCAUUGUCAAUAAUAACAUAGUGUCAAGUUGUAGAGUUCAAGAACUCUUGAAAAAAUAUGGCUUGGAUUCUAAGGUGCCAGAAAAACUUAUUGGUGGGCGUGUGCUUGGAUUGCGAGUGUACAAACAAAACAACCAAGUGCGUUGGAAACGUCACAACAUACCCAAAGUUCCUGAAGGAAAAAUGACGCGUCGGCAAAUCUUUUCUUGGUGCGGACAGCUGACUGAGCAUUUUCCAAUAGCAAAUUGGUUGCGCCCUUCGUGCAGCUAUCUAAAAAGAGUUUCGAGUAGUUGUGGAUGGAACACUUUGGUGAACGAUCGUGUUGUCAAAUUAGUAAACAGUUUAAAUGAAAGACUUACAAAGGAAGAUCCCGUUCAUGGGUCAUGGAACGUAAAAAACACUUCUGAAGCAACAGUGUGGUGCGAUGCAAGCAGUUUAGUUGACAUAGUUUUGGAAGUGGCUGGAGAAAUAGUAGAAGACUGCUCGUGGCUGAGAAAACAAGAUGAUUCGGCUCAUAUUAAUCUCGCAGAGUUAGAAGCCGCGAUAAAAGGAAUCAAUCUAGCAACAAAAUGGGGAUUCGAAUGUAUUACCAUAAAGUGUGACUCGGCUACUGUUGUUGGCUGGUUGAAAUCCUUAAUCAUUGGUGACAAAAUUAUUUGA